AAUUUAAUAAAUUUAUAUAUAAAAAAAAUAAUAAUAUGUCCAAAUCUAUAAAAUCUGAUAUAUCUAAAGCUAGUCAAUAAACAUAAAUUUUACUUAGUGAAAUAUGUUCAUUAAACAAUAACAAGUUAUUUUAAAUCUAAGGAUUAAUAAAUUAAGAACUUUUAAGCACCAUAUGGAAUUCAUUGGGUUUUUAUAUACAUAAAUAAUUAAAAUUAGGAAGAUCUGUCCAUAUCCCGAAAUUCGGUUUAUUUACAUUUUCCUCUCCUGAAGUCAAUUUAAAAUACACAACAAACGAUUACAAAAGAAACUUAUAAUAAAGGUAACCUGUAUUUAUAAUAUCGAAAGAAUUUGGCUAAGGAAUAUAAUUAAAAAGCGGAAUUUAUAGAGAAAAAGGUUUAACUCCAUUAGUUUUAUCAAGCACUGCUGGUCAAAUAUAAAAUACAAUAUGUUGUUUUAAUGAAAUCGGAAAAAUGGCAAACACAACAAAAGAUUAAGCAUAAUUAGGAAUAACAAGGAUAAGACAAAAACUUGAAAAUAUGGUAAAAAAUACAUAGUAAAAUGAAAGUUUAGUAAUCGAAUUACCCUGUAUUGGUACUUUUAUUUUUCGAAAUGGGCUUUGUGGAGUAUAUUUUAAUGAAUAUCUAUCGUAAUAUGUAUAAGGAAUUUUUUCUUAAACUAUGUAACAAAGAAAACAUAGGGCAACUAAUUUAACUAGAGAAAAAAUGGACUCAUUUUCUUAAUAAUAAAAACUUAAUUCUAUAACGAAAAUUAGCGACAACGCGAAAGAAUGGCUAAAUUAAAAUUUAAAUAUUGAUUUUGAUAAAGACUGGAAGCAUAAAAAAUUAUACGCAAAGACACCUGAUGUAAUGUCCAUAAAGACUACAGAUUUUCAAAAAAAUAAUAAUCUUUUAUGUGAUUCGGUAGUUUCUAAAGCUUAUAUAUCGAAAAAAACUUAAGAUAAUAACUUAAAAAUAUUUGAUAAUUUUAAAAAUUUUAUUUAAUCCUUUUAAAUGAAGUCAGAAGAUUCUUAUUUAAAAUUUAUUUCCUAAAUCUUUGGGAAAGAAGGAAAUAGGAAAUGUAGAAUUAAUGAGUAAAAUUUUAAAAAGGCUUUAUAAUAGUUUAAUUAUGAUCUAUAAGGAAAAAAUGAUUUAUAGAUACUUUUUAAUAUUAUUGAUGUAGGAAAAGAUGGUUUUAUAGAUUUUUAUGAUUGGAAAACUCAUUUUUCUUUUAAAAAUUCUUAAAUAUAUGAUAUUCAAUAAGCUAUUAAAAGUCAUAAAUAUUCUUUAGAUGAGGUUUUCAUAAGAAUGAAUAUAGAUAGAGGAUAAGAUAUUAUAUUAGAAUCUUAAAUAAUUGAAGGACUUAAAAAUUUACUGUGUUGUAGUAAACUAGAGGCUUAGAGAAUUUGCAGAUAGUUUAUUUUGACAGAAGGAGAAAAGGAAUUACAAAUAAAAGAAUUUGAAAAAUACUUUAAAAUCCCACAAAAUAAUGAAGAAGAUGAAGAAAAAAGGUAACUUUUACUACAAGAUUAGAUUUAAUAAAUAUACAAGAAAAUAUAUAAUGAAUAAAAAGAAGAAAAUACAUAAUAAAAUAAUAAUAAUAUAAACAAAUUAUUGUAAAAAUUUGAAAAUGUGGAUGUAAAUCUUAAAGGAAUGUUAGAUAUAGCAAAUUUUAAAACUUGUCUUUUAUAAAGUGGUUUGAAUAUAAAUUUAUAAGAUAUAGAAAAAAUAACAAAUUCUUUAUAAUAAAAAAAUCAUGAAAUUGACUAUUAAGAUUUUAUUAAAAAAAUUAAAUAUUCGCAUAAAUCAAAUACAUAAAAUGAAACUUUGGAAUAUAUAUAGAAAAAAAUAUGUACUCAUAUAAAAAAGGAAUAUAAAAACGAUAUUUAAAAUUUCUUAAAUAAUAUCAAAAAUUCUAAAAAAGGGGCUAUUUCAACAUAGAAUUUUGCUAAAUAUUGCGAAUAGUAUAUUUUUCCAUUUAAUGAUAAUUAGAUUUUUCAUAAUGUAGAUCUUAUAGAUAUUGAUAAAGAUGGUUAUAUUGAUAAAUAUGAUCUUGAAACUUUUAUUAAAAGAUAUCAAUAUAUAAAUGAGAAUAAAGAUUUGGCCACUUUUCCAAAAAAAAAAACUGAUAUUAAAUAACUUUAAAAUAUGAUAAAGUAAAUAAAGUAAUAGAUUAUUAUAAAAAAAUUAAAUCUUUUUAAUGCUUUUAAGCUUUUGGAUAGCAAUAAUGAUGGUUUUGUUACUAUAAGCGAGUUUUUGGAAAAUUUAGAAACUAAAUUAAAUAUUUAAUUAUGCACAAUUGCCAAAAAUGGCCUGUUUUCAUAUAUGGAUAAUUUAUAAAUUGGAAUGUUUGAUUAUUAGAGGUGGCAUUAAGUUUUUGCUAGAAAAGAAAUGGAAACAAAAGAGGAUACUUAAGAUAGUUUUAGUGAAUAAGAAUAGGCUAUUUAUAAAAUUAUUUAAUGGAUAAAAAAAGAAAAACUGAGUAUAGUGGAAGCUUUUAGAAUUAUCGAUAAGGAUUUCGACGGGAUUAUCUCUAAGGAAGAUUUGAGUUUUUUUAUUAAGGAAAAAUUAUAAAUAAAUAAUAUGGAAAGUUCUGGGAUUGAUAGAUUAUAUAAAUUAAUUGAUAAAUAUAAAAAAAAAUCAGUCAAUAUUUAAGAUUUUGGUGAUUUUAUAGAUGAUAAUUUUUCCGAAUAAUAAUAAAAUGGUUGGCUAAAAGAUUGCGUGUAAGAAAUCGUAAUCUUUUUUUCGAAAUAAAAAGAACCAGAAGAUUAAUUUAAUAUAGUUUCCAAUUUUCAAAAUACAGUAAAUUUUACACAAUUUAAAUAAUGGGUUGAUAGUUGUAAUGUUUUAAGUGGAUUUAAUUUAACUUAAGAACUAUUAUAAAGACUUUUUGCACAUUUUGAUGUACAUAAAAAAGGUUAUAUAACUUCAAAUGAUUGGAAAAAUGCAAUUAAGGGAUUUUCUAAUGAAUACGAGAUAUAUGUUAAAUAAAUUAAAGAAUGUUAUAAUUAAAGUAAAAUAAAAAAAGAUGUAUUAGAAAAUUCUAAUUAAUAUAAUUUUAUUAUUAAUUCAUAAGAAUUUUUCAAAGAAUUCUCAUUUGGAAAUAAUUAUAUUUCUUUUGAGUUUUUUGAAAAAAAAAUGUAAUAGUUGUUCCCGAUAAAUAUGUCGAAUAAUAAAAAAUGCUAAAAUAUUUGGAAAUAGUUACUUUAAAAAAUAAAUAUAAAAGAGAAUUAUAAUAAUAAAUAAAUAAAUUUUGAAUAGUUUUGUAAAAUAUUUAAUUUAAAAGAUAAGUAAUAAUAAUUGUAAUAAUAAUAAUAAUAAUAAUAAUAAUAAUAAUAAUAAUAAUAACAAUAAUAAUCAUUUUAUUAAUACUUUUAAAUAUAAAAAAUUAAUAAUAUUCCAUAUAGAAGUAAUUCCUUAAGAACUCAUAUCAAUACAAAUAAUUAGUUAAAAAAAAGUACUAAAUUUUUCUCUAUUUUAGGUUCAGAAACACUUGAAAUGUUAUGUUAAUAUUUAAUUACAAACAAAAAAAAUAUUCUUAAAAUGUGUUAACUUGCUGAUCCUUAAGAUACAGGAAUAAUAAGUAAUAUUCAACUAAAAAAUAUUCUUUUAAAACUUAAUUUGGGGAUCACUACAUAGGACAUUUAUUAAAUAAUUAAAUACGCUGAUCCUGAAAAUUAAUUAAAUUGUAAUUAUAAGCAAUUAAUAGAAAGACUUAAAAUAUCUCCCAUAUAGUAAACUAUAUAAUAAAGAUGUUCUUAAAGGAUAAAUAUUUUAAAAAAAGCUUUGUAUACAUACAUGGCUUCUCCGAAAGAUGCAUUUUUGUAAUUUGAUAAGGAGAAAAAAGGAUAUAUGGAUAAAAAUGACUUUUUAAAUUUUAUGAAUUAAAUUAAUAAAUUGGAAGGUAAUUUAGAAGCAGAGUCUCUUUUAGAAGAUCUUUUUGAAUUUUUUGAUUCUAAAUAAGACGGAGUUAUUGAUUUAGAUGAAUGGAUGUGUUGUUUUAUGAAAUAUUCAAGUGGAUAAGAGAAUAUUGUUUUAAAAAAAUAAAAAAAUAAUAAGGUGUUUGUGUAUAAAAUUUAAAUGAUUAUUACUGUAGAAAUAAUUUCGAUUCCCAUAAAUGGGAAAACACAAAUGCAUAUAAUAAUGUGUGUUUUUGUAUAGGAAAAAAUAGAAAAACUUUAUUUUAAAAAUUUUUUGAAGAAGACAAAGAUGGAAAAUAAGAAUUACCAUUAGAAAAAAUAAAAAAUAUUAUGAUAGAAUUCUUGAAUUAAAAAUAGGGAUUUUCUAUUUAGGAAGAU